AUGGUGAAGAGGAAGAGCUCCGAAGGCCAGGAGCAGGACAGCGGCCGCGGCAUCCCCCUGCCCAUCCAGACCUUCCUGUGGCGGCAAACCAGUGCAUUUUUGAGGCCUAAACUGGGGAAACAAUAUGAAGCCUCAUGUGUGUCCUUUGAACGAGUGUUGGUAGAGAAUAAACUGCAUGGCCUUUCUCCAGCCCUCUCUGAAGCCAUCCAGAGCAUUUCCAGAUGGGAGUUGGUACAAGCUGCUUUGCCUCACGUCCUCCACUGCACUGCAACCCUGCUUUCAAACAGGAACAAGUUAGGCCACCAGGAUAAACUCGGUGUUGCUGAAACAAAGCUCCUUCACACCCUGCACUGGAUGCUCCUGGAGGCCCCCCAGGACUGCAACAGUGAGCGGUUUGGGGGCACAGACCAUGGCUCCAGCUGGGGUGGCAGCAGCAGUGCUUUCAUCCACCAGGUAGAAAACCAGGGUUCCCCCGGGCAGCCUUGCCAAAGCAGCUCCAAUGAUGAAGAAGAGAACAACCGAAGGAAGAUCUUCCAGAACUCCAUGGCUACUGUGGAGCUCUUUGUGUUUCUGUUUGCUCCUCUGGUACACAGGAUCAAGGAAUCGGACCUUACGUUCCGACUGGCCAGCGGGCUUGUUAUAUGGCAGCCCAUGUGGGAGCACAGACAGCCCGAAGUCUCUGGCUUCACAGCACUGGUGAAACCCAUCAGGAACAUCAUUACAGCUAAGAGAAGCUCUCCUAUCAACAGUCAAAGUCAAACCUGUGAAUCACCAAAUCAAGACGCAAGCCAUCAAGAGGGAUUCCAGGUGGUCUGUGAAACAUUCCAGUCAGAUCCCAUCUCUCCCAAGGCCACCAUUUCAGGCUGCCACCGUGGAAACUCCUUUGAUGGAAGCCUGUCCUCCCAAACUUCCCAGGAAAGAGGCCCAUCACAUUCCAGAGCCUCUCUCGUGAUACCUCCAUGCCAAAGGUCCCGCUAUGCCACUUACUUUGACGUUGCUGUUCUUCGAUGCCUACUCCAGCCUCAUUGGUCUGAGGAAGGUACUCAGUGGUCUCUGAUGUACUAUCUACAAAGGCUGCGGCACAUGUUGGAAGAGAAGCCAGAAAAGCCCCCAGAACCAGAUAUUCCUCUCCUGCCCAGACCCAGGAGCAGCUCGAUGGUAGCAGCAGCUCCCUCACUAGUGAACACCCACAAAACCCAAGAUCUCACCAUGAAAUGUAAUGAAGAGGAAAAAUCUCUUAGCCCUGAGGCAUUUUCUAAGGUUUCGUUGACUAAUUUACGUAGAUCUGCAGUUCCAGAUCUUUCUUCAGACCUUGGCAUGAACAUUUUUAAGAAGUUCAAGAGCCGCAAAGAAGACCGAGAGAGGAAAGGCUCCAUCCCAUUCCACCACACAGGAAAGAGGAGGCCUCGAAGAAUGGGAGUGCCAUUCCUGCUUCAUGAAGACCACUUGGAUGUGUUCCCCACCCGAAGCACAUUCUCCUUCGGAAGUUUCCCUGGGCUUGGAGAAGACAGGCGAGGCAUUGAAAAAGGAGGCUGGCAAACCACCAUUUUAGGGAAAUUUACCCGGCGGGGCAGUUCGGAUGCAGCCACGGAGAUGGAGAGCCUGAGUGCCAGGCACUCACACUCCCAUCACACCCUGGUGAGUGACCAGCCAGAUCACUCCAACAGCCAUGGAGAAAACACUGUCAAGGAAGUGCAAUCCCAGAUCUCCACUAUUACAGUUGCAACCUUCAAUACCACAUUGGCAUCAUUCAACGUAGGCUAUGCAGACUUUUUCAGUGAGCAUAUGAGGAAGCUCUGCAACCAGGUGCCUAUCCCAGAGAUGCCACAUGAACCCUUGGCAUGUGCAAACCUGCCUCGAAGCCUCACAGACUCCUGCAUAAACUACAGCUACUUAGAGGACACGGAACAUAUCGAUGGGACCAAUAACUUUGUCCACAAGAAUGGCAUGCUUGAUCUUUCUGUUGUUCUGAAGGCUGUUUAUCUUGUCCUUAACCAUGACAUCAGUUCUCGUAUCUGUGAUGUGGCACUAAACAUUGUGGAAUGCUUGCUUCAGCUUGGUGUGGUGCCUUGUGUAGAAAAGAACAGAAAGAAGAGUGAAAACAAGGAAAAUGAGGCUAUGGAAAAAAGAGCAAGUGAGGGAACUUUCCAGUUCAAAGGAGUAUCUGGAAGUUCACCCUGUGGAUUCGGGGGCCCUUCAGUUAGUGGAGCUGGAAAUGGUGGAGGAGAAGAAGGAGGAGGUGGAGGCGGAAGAGGUGAUGGAGGUGAUGGAGGUGAUGGAGGAGGAGGUGGAGGAGGUGGAGGUGGACCUUAUGAGAAGAAUGAGAAGAACCAAGAGAAGGAUGAAAGUACACCUGUAAGCAACCAUAGGCUUGCUCUGACCAUGCUCAUCAAAAUAGUGAAGUCUUUGGGAUGUGCCUAUGGUUGCGGAGAAGGACAUCGAGGGCUCUCUGGAGAUCGUCUGAGACACCAGGUAUUCCGGGAGAAUGCCCAGAACUGCCUCACUAAGCUAUACAAGCUAGAUAAGAUGCAAUUCCGACAAACCAUGAGGGACUAUGUGAACAAGGACUCUCUCAAUAAUGUAGUGGACUUCUUGCAUGCUUUGCUAGGAUUUUGUAUGGAGCCAGUCACUGACAACAAGGCUGGGUUUGGAAAUAACUUCACCACGGUGGACAACAAAUCCACAGCCCAAAACGUGGAAGGCAUCAUCGUCAGCGCCAUGUUUAAAUCUCUUAUCACCCGUUGUGCUUCAACUACACAUGAAUUGCACAGCCCUGAGAAUCUGGGGCUGUAUUGUGAUAUCCGUCAGCUGGUCCAAUUUAUCAAAGAGGCUCAUGGGAAUGUCUUCAGGAGAGUGGCCCUCAGCGCUUUGCUUGACAGUGCUGAGAAGUUGGCACCAGGGAAAAAGCUGGAGGAGAAUGAAUCUGAAUCUAAGACUGCAGGCAGUAAAAGGUCAGAGGCGGGGAGCAUUGUGGAGAAAGGCCAGGUGUCCUCUGCCCCUGAGGAAUGUCGCAGCUUCAUGUCUGGUCGCCCCUCACAGACUCCAGAGCACGAUGAACAAAUGCAAGGGGGCAACCUGGGGCGGAAAGAUUUCUGGCGCAAGAUGUUCAAAUCCCAGAGUGCAGCUAGUGACACCAGCAGCCAAUCUGAGCAGGAUACUUCAGAAUGCACCACUGCCCAUUCCGGGACCACCUCUGACCGUCGCGCCCGCUCAAGGUCCCGCAGAAUUUCCCUCCGGAAGAAGCUUAAACUCCCCAUAGGAAACUGGCUGAAACGGUCCUCCCUCUCGGGCCUGGCAGAUGGUGUGGAGGACCUUCUGGACAUCAGCUCUGUGGACCGCCUGUCUUUCAUCAGGCAAAGCUCCAAGGUCAAAUUUACCAGUGCAGUGAAGCUUUCUGAAGGUGGGCCAGGGAGUGGAAUGGAAAAUGGAAGAGAUGAAGAGGAGAAUUUCUUCAAACGUCUUGGUUGCCACAGUUUUGAUGACCAUCUGUCUUCCAACCAAGAUGGUGGAAAAAGCAAAAACGUGGUGAAUCUUGGAGCAAUCCGACAAGGCAUGAAGCGCUUUCAAUUUCUGUUAAACUGCUGUGAGCCAGGAACAAUUCCUGAUGCAUCCAUCCUGGCAGCUGCUUUGGAUCUUGAAGCUCCUGUGGUAGCCAGAGCAGCUCUGUUUCUGGAAUGUGCCCGUUUUGUUCACCGCUGCAACCGCGGCAACUGGCCAGAGUGGAUGAAAGGGCAUCACGUGAAUAUCACGAAGAAAGGCCUUUCCAGGGGACGCUCUCCCAUUGUGGGCAACAAACGGAACCAGAAGCUACAGUGGAAUGCUGCCAAGCUCUUCUACCAAUGGGGAGACGCAAUUGGCAUCCGGUUGAAUGAGCUGUGCCAUGGGGAAAGUGAAAGCCCCGCCAACCUUCUGGGUCUCAUUUAUGAUGAGGAAACCAAGAGGAGACUGAGAAAGGAGGAUGAGGAGGAAGACUUUUUAGAUGACAGUACUGUGAACCCUUCUAAAUGUGGCUGCCCCUUUGCCUUGAAGAUGGCGGCGUGCCAGCUUCUCCUGGAGAUUACCACCUUCCUUCGAGAAACCUUUUCUUGCCUGCCCAGACCACGCACUGAGCCUCUGGUGGACUUAGAGAGCUGCAGACUUCGUUUGGAUCCUGAGUUGGACCGGCACAGAUAUGAGAGGAAGAUCAGCUUUGCUGGGGUCCUGGAUGAAAAUGAAGACUCAAAAGAUUCCCUCCACAGUAGUAGCCACACCCUCAAAUCAGAUGCAGGUGCCGAGGAGAAGAAAGUUCCCAGCAGGAAGAUCAGGAUAGGAGGUUCCCGCCUGCUCCAGAUUAAAGGAACCCGCAGUUUCCAGGUGAAGAAGGGGGGUUCCUUGUCCAGCAUUCGCCGAGUCGGCAGCUUAAAGAGCAGCAAGUUAUCACGGCAGGACUCAGAGUCCGAGGCUCAGGAGCUGCAGCUGUCCCAGAGCAGGGACACUGUCACUGACCUAGAAGGGAGUCCUUGGAGUGCAAGUGAGCCCAGCAUCGAGCCAGAGGGAAUGAGUACUGCUGGCACAGAGGAAAAUUACCACAGGAGCAUGUCAUGGCUUCACGUCAUGAUCUUGCUGUGCAAUCAGCAAAGCUUCAUCUGCACCCAUGUUGACUACUGCCACCCUCACUGCUACCUGCACCACAGCCGCUCCUGUGCCCGGCUGGUCAGGGCCAUCAAGCUGCUCUAUGGAGACACUGUGGACUCCCUCCGGGAGAGUAACAACAUCAGCAAUGUGGCUCUCCGGGGCAAGAGACAGAAAGAGUGCUCAGAGAAGUCAUGCCUGAGGACACCUUCUCUGAAGAAGAGAGUUUCUGAUGCCAACCUGGAAGGGAAAAAGGACUCUGGAAUGCUGAAAUACAUCAGACUACAGGUGAUGAGCCUGUCUCCUGCCCCUUUAUCUCUGCUAAUCAAGGCAGCACCGAUUCUGACAGAGGAGAUGUACGGAGACAUCCAGCCAGCUGCCUGGGAGCUUCUGCUCAGCAUGGAUGAGCACAUGGCAGGGGCGGCAGCUGCCAUGUUCCUGCUGUGUGCGGUGAAAGUCCCUGAGGCUGUGUCUGAUAUGUUGAUGUCAGAGUUCCACCACCCAGAGACUGUACAGAGGCUGAAUGCUGUUCUCAAGUUCCACACACUCUGGAGGUUUCGCUACCAGGUCUGGCCCCGGAUGGAGGAAGGAGCACAGCAGAUUUUUAAGAUCCCACCUCCCAGUAUAAACUUCACCCUGCCCUCGCCAGUGCUUGGAAUGCCAUCCGUCCCAAUGUUUGACCCCCCAUGGGUCCCUCAGUGCAGCGGGAGUGUCCAGGACCCCAUUAAUGAAGACCAGUCUAAAUCCUUUUCAGCCCGUGCUGUGUCCCGCUCCCAUCAGAGAGCAGAACACAUCUUAAAGAACUUGCAACAGGAGGAAGAGAAGAAACGUCUUGGUAGAGAAGCUAGCCUCAUCACCGCCAUCCCCAUCACCCAGGAGGCUUGCUAUGAACCCACCUGCACACCCAACUCAGAACCAGAAGAAGAAGUAGAAGAAGUCACCAAUCUGGCAUCCCGUCGACUGUCUGUGAGUCCAUCCUGUACCUCCAGCACUUCCCAUAGGAAUUAUUCCUUCCGCCGAGGGUCAGUCUGGUCUGUGCGUUCAGCUGUCAGUGCCGAAGAUGAGGAGCACACUACUGAACACACACCAAACCACCAUGUGCCUCAGCCCCCCCAAGCAGUGUUCCCAGCAUGCAUCUGUGCAGCCGUGCUGCCCAUUGUUCAUCUAAUGGAGGAUGGUGAGGUGCGGGAAGAUGGCGUAGCAGUGAGUGCUGUGGCCCAACAAGUCUUAUGGAAUUGUCUAAUUGAAGAUCCAUCGACAGUUCUUCGACAUUUUCUGGAAAAACUGACCAUCAGCAAUAGACAAGAUGAGUUAAUGUACAUGCUGCGCAAACUUCUCUUAAAUAUUGGAGACUUUCCUGCCCAGACAUCUCACAUCCUAUUCAACUACUUGGUGGGAUUAAUCAUGUACUUUGUGCGGACCCCCUGCGAGUGGGGGAUGGAUGCCAUUUCAGCCACUCUGACUUUCCUGUGGGAGGUGGUGGGCUACGUGGAGGGCCUCUUCUUCAAGGAUCUGAAGCAGACCAUGAAGAAGGAGCAGUGUGAGGUAAAGCUCCUGGUGACUGCUUCCAUGCCAGGUACCAAAACCUUGGUAGUUCAUGGACAGAAUGAGUGUGAUAUCCCAACCCAGUUACCAGUCCAUGAGGACACUCAGUUUGAAGCCCUGCUAAAGGAGUGUCUGGAGUUUUUUAAUAUCCCAGAAUCUCAGUCAACACAUUAUUUUCUCAUGGAUAAACGGUGGAAUCUUAUCCACUACAAUAAGACCUAUGUUCGGGAUAUUUAUCCUUUUCGGAGGUCAGUAUCUCCACAGCUGAAUCUUGUACAUAUGCAUCCAGAGAAAGGACAGGAGCUCAUUCAGAAGCAGGUGUUCACUCGGAAGCUGGAGGAAGUUGGGCGGGUUUUGUUUCUCAUCUCCCUGACCCAGAAGAUCCCCACAGCCCACAAGCAGUCUCACGUCUCCAUGCUCCAGGAAGACCUCCUCCGACUACCCUCAUUCCCCCGAAGUGCUAUUGACGCUGAAUUUUCACUCUUCAGUGAUCCACAAGCUGGGAAGGAGCUGUUUGGCCUCGACACUCUUCAGAAAAGCUUGUGGAUCCAGCUCCUGGAGGAGAUGUUCCUGGGCAUGCCAAGCGAGUUUCCCUGGGGAGAUGAAAUCAUGCUCUUCCUCAACGUUUUCAAUGGGGCUCUGAUCCUCCACCCAGAAGACAGUGCCCUGCUCAGGCAGUACGCUGCCACCGUCAUCAACAGCGCUGUGCACUUCAAUCACCUUUUCUCUCUCAGUGGCUACCAGUGGAUUCUGCCCACCAUGCUGCAGGUAUACUCUGACUAUGAAAGCAAUCCCCAGCUGCGUCAAGCCAUCGAAUUUGCCUGCCACCAGUUCUACAUUCUACACCGGAAGCCAUUUGUGCUCCAGCUGUUUGCUAGUGUGGCCCCUCUCCUGGAGUUUCCGGAUGUGGCCAAUAAUGGGCCCAGCAAAGGUGUGUCAGCUCAGUGCCUAUUCGACCUGCUGCAGUCCCUGGAGGGCGAGACCACUGACAUAUUAGACAUCUUAGAGCUGGUCAAAGCUGAGAAGCCUCUUAAGUCGUUAGAUUUCUGCUAUGGAAAUGAAGACCUGACCUUCUCUAUAAGUGAGGCCAUUAAGCUGUGUGUUACUGUGGUGGCAUAUGCUCCUGAGUCAUUCAGAAGUCUCCAGAUGCUGAUGGUCUUGGAAGCUCUGGUCCCCUGUUACCUACAAAAGCUAAAGAGGCAGACGUCACAAGUGGAGACGGUGCCUGCUGCCCGAGAAGAGAUCGCGGCCACGGCUGCUCUCGCGACAUCCCUGCAGGCCCUCUUGUACAGUGUAGAGGUCCUCACCAGGCCCAUGACAGCCCCACAGAUGAGCAGGUGUGACCAAGGUCAUAAAGGAACCACCACAGCCAAUCACACCAUGUCGUCCGGGGUGAACACCAGGUACCAGGAACAAGGAGCCAAACUGCACUUUAUCAGGGAAAACCUUCACUUACUUGAGGAAGGGCAAGGCCUUCCCAGGGAGGAACUGGAUGAACGAAUUGCUCGGGAGGAGUUUAGAAGACCUCGGGAGUCCCUGCUGAAUAUUUGUACUGAAUUUUACAAGCACUGUGGGCCAAGGCUGAAGAUCUUGCAAAACCUGGCUGGGGAGCCACGGGUUACUGCCCUGGAGUUGCUGGAUGUGAAGUCACACAUGAGGUUGGCAGAAAUUGCACACUCCCUUCUGAAGCUAGCACCAUAUGACACCCAGACAAUGGAGAGCCGUGGGCUUCGGCGCUACAUCAUGGAGAUGCUACCCAUUACCGAUUGGACAGCCGAGGCAGUGAGGCCAGCCCUUAUCCUCAUUUUAAAGAGACUGGAUAGAAUGUUCAACAAAAUUCAUAAGAUGCCUACUUUGAGGCGACAGGUUGAGUGGGAGCCUGCCAGCAAUUUGAUUGAAGGGGUUUGUUUGACACUUCAGAGGCAGCCAAUCAUAUCCUUCCUGCCUCACCUUAGGUCACUGAUCAAUGUCUGUGUCAAUCUGGUGAUGGGAGUGGUAGGACCUUCCAGUGUUGCUGAUGGAUUACCCCUUCUUCAUCUCAGCCCUUAUCUCUCACCACCUCUGCCCUUCAGCACAGCUGUUGUCCGGCUUGUAGCAUUGCAGAUACAGGCUUUAAAAGAAGAUUUUCCUUUAAGCCAUGUGAUCUCCCCAUUCACCAAUCAAGAGCGAAGGGAGGGGAUGCUUUUAAAUCUACUCAUCCCAUUUGUGCUCACAGUAGGAUCUGGAAGCAAAGAUAGCCCGUGGCUGGAACAGCCCGAGGUACAGCUGCUCCUGCAGACAGUCAUUAAUGUUCUCCUGCCACCACGGAUCAUCAGCACGUCCAGGAGCAAGAACUUCAUGUUGGAGAGCUCCCCUGCCCACUGCUCCACCCCUGGGGAUGCCAGCAAAGACUUGCGCAGGGAAGGGCUGGCAGAGUCCACAAGCCAAGCAGCAUACUUGGCGCUGAAGGUGAUUCUCGUCUGCUUUGAGAGGCAGCUGGGAAGCCAGUGGUACUGGCUGAGCCUCCAGGUGAAGGAGAUGGCCCUGCGGAAGGUGGGAGGCCUGGCCCUGUGGGACUUCCUCGACUUCAUCGUGCGGACCCGAAUACCCAUCUUCGUGCUCUUACGCCCUUUCAUCCAGUGCAAGCUUCUGGCCCAACCAGCAGAGAAUCAUGAAGAGCUUUCUGCCCGGCAACAUAUUGCUGACCAGCUGGAGCGGCGCUUUAUCCCACGCCCUCUGUGUAAAAGCUCCCUUAUUGCUGAAUUCAACAGUGAACUAAAAAUUCUAAAAGAGGCAGUUCACAGUGGCUCAGCUUACCAAGGGAAGACGUCCAUCAGUACUGUGGGCACCUCCACCUCCGCUUACCGCCUGAGCCUGGCCACCAUGUCCCGCUCCAACACGGGCACAGGCACUGUCUGGGAGCAGGACAGUGAACCCUCCCAGCAGGCUUCGCAGGACACCCUGAGUAGGACUGAUGAGGAAGAUGAGGAAAAUGACUCUGUAAGCAUGCCCAGUGUGGUAAGUGAACAAGAAGCUUACCUCUUGAGUGCUAUCGGAAGGAGGCGGUUUUCCAGCCACGUCUCUAGCAUGUCUGCACCUCAGGCCGAGGUGGGCAUGUUACCCAGCCAAAGUGAACCUAAUGUCCUCGAUGACUCCCAGGGCCUGGCCGCCGAGGGCAGCCUCUCUAGGGUGGCAAGUGUCCAGAGUGAGCCUGGCCAACAGAACCUCCUCAUUCAGCAGCCACUGGGGAGGAAGAGGGGCCUGAGGCAGCUAAGACGUCCUCUACUAUCACGUCAGAAGACCCAGACUGAACCCAAAAACCGCCAUGGGGCUCGGCUGUCAACCACCCGCAGGAGCAUUCAACCUAAAACGAAGCCAUCUGCGGAUCAGAAACGUUCUGUGACCUUCAUUGAGGCUCAGCCAGAGCCAGCAGCUUCCCCAACAGAAACACUUCCUGCUAUAGGCCAGCCACAAGGCUGCAGCCCAGCUCCAUCUAGGAAACCAGAAGGAAUGGACAAACCAGUCCUCACGUCUUCCCCUGCCAUUGUGGUUGCUGAUCUUCACAGCCUGUCUCCCAAGCAGAGUGAGACCCUCCCUGCUGAAGAAGGAGAAAAGAAGGAGGACACGGAAGCGCAAGGUGCUACAGCACACAGCCCCCUCUCUACGCAACUCUCAGACCCUGAUGAAUUCACAGGCCUUGAGACAUCCAUCCUCCUACAGCACGGAGACACCGUCCUUCACAUCAGUGAGGAAAAUGGCAUGGAGAACCCCCUGCUGUCCAGCCAGUUCACUUUUACGCCCACUGAGCUGGGGGAGACUGAUGUAGACCUAGAUGAGUCUCAUGUUUAAUUCUGG